AUGGCGCAUCCUUUCAAGGUGCUAAUCGUGGGUGGAGGGGUGGCAGGGCUGACUCUAGCAAUAAUGCUUGAGUUGUAUGGAUUUGAAUACGAAUUGCUUGAAAAGCAUCCUAAUGUUGCACCCAAACUGGGAGCAGGAGUGGGUAUAACUCCCAACGGAGCGCGCAUACUAGACCAAAUAGGUGUUUGGGACUCUAUUUGCGAGUAUGCAUCUCCUGUGAAUUCUGGCGUUGCGCUUUCUCCAAAGGGGAAAACUGUCAUCUUCAAUCCGCACAUGGGGGAGUGGCUGGAGAAGCUCUUUGGCUACAAAAUCCACUUCCUGUCGCGGCACGACUGUCUCCGCAUUCUGUUCGACAAGAUUAAGCAAAAGUCCAGCAUUCACCUACAGAAAGAGGUCACUCGGAUAACUCCCGGCCAGUCUGGAGAAAGAGCACGAGUAGAAACCAAAGAUGGCUCAAUAUUCACCGCAGAUCUAGUCAUUGGUGCAGACGGUGUUAGGAGUGGCGUAAGGAGCGAGCUUUGGCGGCAUGCUGAUGCGGAGAAGCCUGGCUAUAUCCCCAAACAGGACAAGAUGGGCAUCGUAUCCCUAUAUACGGCUGUGAUUGGCAUUUCUCAUGAUCCAGGGCUGCCCCGAGGCGGAAAUGCGCGAGCGUACAAUCAUCUACGGUCCUACUUCUUCUCAGAGGGCAUGGAACGCUCUGGAGAGUUCUACUGGUGGCUAUGUGUCAAGAACGAGGAGCCAAUCAAAGGCAUCGUGCCCAAGCUAUCCUCUGACACGAAGCAGGCUCUGCUAGACAAGUACGCAGACGAUAACAUAGGGCACGGCCUGACUCUGGGAGGGCUGCACAAGAAAUCCACCUAUUCUACCAUUAUCCCAUUGCAGGAGUUCGUUCUGGAAAAGUGCUUCUACAAGAACAUUCUCCUCGUUGGCGAUGCCUUCCGGAAGCUGCACCCCGUAGCUGGUCAAGGAGCCAACUCGGCCAUAGAGGAGAGCGCUAUGGUGGCGGACAUGCUAUGGAAACUCCGAGCAAAUGACGCUCUACACGAUCCACUCCGUGUCAACCAAGCAUUGACCGAGUUCCAGAAGGAGAGGUUUGUGAGGACGACAGCGCUGCGAGAGGAUGCCAAUCUGGUGCAGCGGAUGGAGUCAUUCGACAACCCAGUCAUGAAAUUCAUGGCCCUGCACGUCAUCCCUCGACUUCCAUUUGUGGUCGCCUUUUUACCUCAGUUGGCUGUCUCUUUCACGCCAGCUCGCUGCAUGGAGCAUCUGCCGCCACCGAAGGCAGGAAUGUGCCCAUUUUCACCAGAUAUGCAGGUGAAGCCAAAUCCACGGUCUCCCUUGGCGACAAUCUCGUGGAUAGGCUUCUUGAUACUCGCUGCGUGCCUUCCAUUGUCGGCUCACAGAUUCCUCCCAGCUCCUAGCAGCGACCUUCUUGCAUUCUCUCAUGCAUUCCAGCUGUACAUUUGUAUGAUGGCAUUAUCAAUUAGUGGGCUUUGGGCUGUCGAGUCUUACAAGGCGUCGUUGCUAGUGUCACCGAUGAGCAGCUCUCUUCCAUGGAUUCUUGCCUCCAACUACUGGGGGUGGGAGAAGACUUUGCCCGUCUAUUUUUGCUUCCACAUAAUAUCAAGCCAACAUGCCGUACACUACUAUACUCCACAGUUCAUGACAGAUCUUGGGGCAGCAAUGGCUCUACUGCCAUGCCUGGCAAUGGUGUACGGUAUCCCAAGUAUUCUCACCGCUCUGGGAAGCACCCACAAGAGCUUGCUCGACUGGUGGCCCGCCACCCAAUACGCCUUCCCAGUUUUGGUAUAUGUGAGCAGCAAAUUUUUCGGGGCAAUAAAAGCCGUCCCGCAAGGCGUGGAAGUUGUCUUUACCAGCGUCGACGUUCCCUAUCAGCGGCGGUUCUUUACCGCCAUUACUGUCGUUUCCACCGCGGUGUAUGUCGCCCUGGUUUGGAGCCACAGUGCUGCUCUCUUCAACGAAGGUAUUGUCAGCCUGCUCUCGUCACCACUUGCAAGAGCGCUUGCAUCUUUGACUACUCUUACCACGGCGUGGUCUAUGUACACGACAUGGGAGCUGCGGCGAAUAUCUGCUACCGAGGUCCCUCUGGUCACGACCUGGGCAGUCAUAAUCAUGAAAACAGUACUUCUCGGGCCCGCAGCUUCGCUGGCAAGUAUCACCUGUUGGUCCAAGAUUGAGUUGGAAAAGGCGACGUCGGUGCAGCCAAUGUUACAGCAAACUAAUGAGAAGUCUUACGCCUGA